AUGCCCCUGGAAGUGAUGCACCUGCGUGGAGGAGCUCCGAUGUUGAGAGAACUGGAGAGAUUGGAAGAAGAUCUCCUGGGCGAUGUUUGCAGGGAGGUGAUCGAGAAGUGGGCUGAAUCCCAGACCGUUGACGCCAAGGAGAAAAAGGAAGACGAGGUGCAGGCGAUCGCCAGCAUGAUGGAGAAGCAGGCCAGGAUCGUGGUGAAGCCGAGGGAGGUCUCCCAGGAGGAGCGGCAGCGGAAGGCUGCCCUCCUGGCGCAGUACGCCAACGUGACGGAUGAGGAGGACGGUGAGGAUGAACACGAUGGAUCCUCUGCAACAGCAGUAAAUACUGGAUCAGAAAAAUCUCUGUUCCGAAACACAAACGUGGAAGAUGUCUUGAAUGCCAGGAAACUGGAACGGGAGCUGCUGCGGGAUGAGUUCCAGAAGAAAAAAGAGCAAGACAAGCUCCAGCGAGAGAAAGAUAAACUCGCCAAACAAGAGCGGAAGGAAAAGGAGAAGAAAAGGACACAGAAAGGAGAGCGGAAGCGAUAGCUGGGUGUUUUCGGUUGGACUCAGAAAUCAUGAAAUUAAUUAUGAAUAUGGUGUGUGUUUGAAAAGCAACAGAAAUUUUGGGCACGUGGCUGGCGAGCGGUUCUUUGGAAGCAUUUCCUCUUCCAUUUACAUAGC